CUGCUGCUGCUGCUGCACAGGUGAGCUACUUGCUCCGCCCACACGGUGUGCCUCUGCAUCGGCCUGAAGCAUCCGUCGGUCCGGUCACCGUCCCACCGCCUGACGUCUGCAAACUGCUCCGAACUACAACUCCCGUCAUCCUUUGGCGUUUCAGGGCUCAUUGUGACACUUGCUGAAUUCUGCUAAUUUAUGUUAUAUUAGUGUUUGAGCUGCGGGCUGGAGUGAGUCUGCGGUGACAACGAGACACCAGGUGCCGGGGAGGAGGUGUAGCCCCGCCCCCCCCGCCUGGCACCGUAAACGUUAUUUAUGAAUGCCCAGCGCUCGCGGGCGUGUGCGCGCACAUUCUGUAUUAUUAUGUUUUAAUAAUUGCAGGACGCAGGACGCGGAUUGCAGCCGACGCUCGGGUUUGUUCCGGACCCCGCAGCGGCCGAUGUGUGCGGUUAAAGCCAGACUUUGAUUCAUUGUGGUCGGUUUGUUGCUGACGGCGGCGGCGGCAGGCGGAGCGGGUCGUUCUGCUCCGUAAUAAUACUGGGUCAAUACACCGCUGCAGCCCCCGGAGCCGCUUCACCCGUCACCCGGAGGUGCUGUCCGACAAGGUGCGUUGCCGGAGGCAACAGCUGACUGACGAUGUCCUUGUGAGAGUGGGCGGGGCUACCUGGCCCUGAGGUGGUAAGGAGGAGGAGGAGUCUCAGCCCUCAGCCCCUCCCCCCUCUCCUCCUGCAACGGACCAAACGUACGGACACACAAACGGGCGUGGCUCUCCCCUCCCUCCUCCUCUUCCUCCUCCCCUCUCCCCCCCGUUCUCUCCCCGCCUCCCUCCCCCGUCUCCCCCCUCGUCCCCCGCCACCAUGCUGUGGUCGCGCUGCUGGUGGAGAGCCUGAGGAAGCAGACUCUGGAAGGCGACCCUGCUCAGCCAGGGGACUUCUACCUGUCCCUGCUGGACCCGAAAACCCUCGCAGAGUGCUGGCCCCCAGAUGGCUUGAUGCCUGAGAGCAGCUACUGGCAGCUCUGCCCUCCCUCCAAGUCCGGCCUGCAGGGGGGGUUACUGAGCUCUAGUUUCCCCCCCGGCCCCGUGCCUCUGGUGCCCCCAGAUGCUCACCUACAGGAGGGGGGCGACCCCCUGGACGGCACCCCCUCUCAGCCGCAGCAGCACCGGCCCCUGGCGCCCAGCACCUCAGCGUCCGAGCUGUCUCUCCCUGGAGUGCCGGUGGCCCCUCCCGGCCCCGGCCCCCCUCCUCCUCCUCCCCCGCCCCCCAAACGCCACUGCCUCCUGUCGGUACCCGAGGACCUGUCGCGCUGCCGCUACACCUGGCGGCCCAGCGCCUCGCGGGUCUGGACUCCUGUCAGUCGCCAGCAGUGCCACGGGGGAGGGGGGGGAGGGGUCACAGGUGGGGGGGCAGGAGGAGGGGGUAUAGGGGCAGGUGCGGCAGGGGGAGGAGCCUGUCCUCUCCGCGCUCCCAGCUCCUCUCUGAACUCGUCACUACACUCCUCAUCCAGCCCCACCUUCUUCAGCCUGGCGCUGUCUCCAGACUCCCCGCUGCCCUGGAGCUUCCCCUGGGACCCCAGCGAGGCGGCGGCAGGGGGAGGAGCCUGCUGCUGCUUCUUCCCCUCCCCCUCCUCCUGCUCCUCCUCGCCCUCCCCCCUCCACCCACCUCCCCCUCCUCAGAGGCGUUUCUCCCUCUCCCCUGUGCUCAUCAGAGACUCUGCGUCCUCCACGUUCCUGCCUCCGCCUCCUGUGCCGAGCCAAGCGGUGGCGCCUCCGCCGGGUCGCUCUGCUGUUGCCGGAGCAACCCGGGGGGGCCCGGUGCCCGCCUCACCCUCGUCGGCCUGCAGCACGCCGUCGUCUCUGCGACGCAGUCUGCCACCGCAGCUGCCGCGCUGCCACUCGCAGCCCUGCGACCUGCUGCUGCUCAAACCAGGUCUGAAGAGACGCCGCGACCCCGACAGGCCCUGCGCCCGACCCGUGCUCGACUUCACCAAGAUGACUCAGACCCGCAGCAUCGACCCGCAGUGUCUGGAGCGUGGCGGCAGCAGGCUGGCCUGCGGCGGUGACGUCUGCAUGGGCAUGGAGGCCUUCAUGGGUGACUUCCGGGGCUCCUGCUCGCCGGCCGAGUGCCUGGGCAGGACCAGCAUCGGGCCGCUGAGCGAGAGCGACGAGGAGUGCCGCGAGGACGACGACGACGAGGUGGAGGAAGCAGACGAGCGCGAGGCGGCGCAGCAGGCGGUGUUUGAGAGGGAUUGUACAGAACUUGACUUGAACUUAAUAGAAGAAAACUGACGCAUUUGUAAAUGGAAGGCUGUUCUGUUUGUUUUUUUAUUUUAUUUUUAUUUUUUAAUUGAUCUGAACCCCCUCCCGGACCACCAUCGUCUCAACACUCCUUGCCACCAAUCAGCAAGGCUCUCAGGAACAACACCUUCUCUCAUUGGAUGAGCUGGGGUAAACGAAGCUGAUUGACGACGACAGUGAUGAUCUGACUACCACCUUUAAAGACUCGGCGCUGUGACUUCACGUGGAAUCCUCCUGGCUGCUUUUUAACAUUUCUGCUGUUGGGAAGCUGCUUUAAAGGGAGGACCUCUUAGAGCGUAACUCUGGUCGCCUGUGAUGAGAGGAAACCUCCACACUCUGAGUCCCAGUCAGCACAGAUACAUGGCUUAAACAUGAUCUUUGCAAUUGUCAGCGUUCCCAGUUUGAACCUGCUAGCUUUGGGCUAACACGCCAACAAGCCGUUGUUCAGGUAUGUGAAGCCCAGAUGCAGUUGUCCCACUUCUGUGACUGGACUCGGACUGUCGAGGUGCUUCUUGGCGUCCAGGUGUCUUCCAACGCACAGCUGCUGAGUCUCUCUGUAACACGCUACAGUCUGAUGAGGCUGUCGCCGCACGGCAGCGCCAACCUGAAACAUCACCACAAUGCCCGUCACGCAGUCCUGCACCACGACGCAAACCGAGACACCGGACGUCUCCUUUUUAAAGAGCAGGUUUAAUCUGCAGUCAGGAUUUAAUCGAUCAGUUCAAAAUCAACAAAAACAUCUCUUCCCUCGAGUCGUAAAUAUACGCAAAGCUCAACUCAAAAUCAGAGGACUUUCUAUAUGACGUCAUUUCCAAAGUAACAGACUUACUUAUUUAGUUUUAGUCUUUUAAUUAUCAGAAACAUCAGCUUUCUUUGAGGAAAUUAACUCCGCGUUGGCCGCUACUGAUAAGUAUGUUGUCUAGACGCCAGAAUAGUUGCGACCAACCUGUGAAGUGUAAUCAUACUCUGACUCAUAUAUGAAAUAAUAACUUAUUUUUAUCAGUCAGAAGGACAAAAUCCAAACAUCGGACUACUUUUGUGACGACCGGGCAGGUCCGAGGCCCUGAUUGGUUAUUUGGCGUGUCCCUGAGUCAUUUUGACAGCAUGUUCUGUGUUUUUGCAGUUCAGGUGAAGUGACCCUUUACUGAGUCCCUCCAGAAAUAUGAAUGUAAUAACAUAAUAAUAUUUGGGUAUUAAAUAGCUGACUUGUUUCCCCCUCCAGGUCUUAAAUAUGUAGAAUAUCACCAGCUUUAAUCUUUAAAGUAGAGCUGCUUAUGUUGGAUCUUGAUAAUUAAUUCUGAUUUGGUGACCAGUUGACAGCUUUCAUAAUGAAUUCAAUAGAUCUCAGCCUGAAGCCUCAAAGAGAGAUGCGUAUUUGGAUUUUAUGAGUUUAAAAAAAAAAGUUUUCGACCAUUUGACUUUGAAUACUUUACUAAAUGUCACAACAUGUUCAUACGGAGGCGCUGCUGUGACAUUUCUCAUGAUAUGAAGAGUGCCUUUGAGCAGAAUCAGUAGUCUUUCAUUGGCACAACUUUAUUUAUAACAGUUAAUAGUUGAGAGUCUGGUGUCGCAUCAAAAGCAAGAAACACAAAGUGAUUUAAAGACUGAAACACACACACAGCUGUGUGAACACUACAAGUCACAGUCAUGUGACCUCGGCGUGGUGAUGCGUUCAGGUUCGCUGUUGUUUUGUGGCGUCGUCCCGUCAGGCUUCACUGAGGGCAGGUAGCCACUGAUGCUGUUGUUCACCUGAGUGUUCACACAUUCCUUUCACACACCUGUCACUGGGAAACACUGUGUGUGUGUGUGUGUGUGUGUGUGUGACAUCUUGAACCCCCCCUCCCCCCUGCUGGUCAUGUGACUUGUGUCCAGGUUGAAUCCAGAUUGUUUCCUGAUACAGUUUAUCCCACUGACAGUCUGAAGCAGAGACACUGUACGGUUUUAUUACGUGUUAACUUAUCGUACGCAGUUUAAUCUUCCUUCAUGAACGGCCAAACUGUACGACGUUCCACGCCAACACUAGUCACGUUUCCAAAUUUGAACUGAAAAUGUGAAUGUGUUUUUAUAGGAGAAACAGCUGGUGGAGCUAAUUCUCCAGCCGCUGCCGUUAAAGCAUCGCAGAAGAAGAAGGACGUUUCUGCCGGUUUCAUGCGAGGAAGGCUCCAGCCUCCUCAUCGCUCCACACACAUCUGAUGCUUUCAGCUCUUCGGGCUUCGUGACAUCAGCAGUUAUUCACUCAGUCUGUUUGUUUUAUACCAACUUUUAUACCUCACACAACAGGAAACGCUUUCAGAGAUAUUUCAGCUUUUCUUUCGCUUCUUGAAUUUCCAGCGUUUCCACUCAGUGUUGACAAAAAAAAGCGUCUGCGCUGUUUUGCGCAAUUCUACGAUGAACAGAAAGCAAGAAUAAAAGGACUGCAAAUGCCUCAACAUGUGAAAUACUCCAACAAUAGUAUUAAAACAAGUUCAGUACAGUUUUAUAACAGAUCUUUUGACAGCAGCCAUGUUGGGAAAUCCGAUCAAUAACCUGCUCAAACUGCAGAAACAACCCAAAUUUCUGACCUACCAGAAUCCAGCCAUUCGUCAGGUUGUUGAUCGCUCAGGUGAUUAAUCAGGCGUCUGGACGCCAAACUGAACUAUUCUAAAAUCAGACGCGACGACCGGUUCAGGGUUAAAAUGUGGGUUGAGUCUGUACAGUGUCGGUCUGAGUUACUGGUGCUGAUACGAUGUUUGUUGUUGUCAGACUUCCAAAAUGACACCUUACUGUGACCGUCGGUUCAGCGAAUUAAGUUUUUCUUGUAGAAACACACGUUUAAUAUUCCUCUAUAAGUUGUUAAAUGUUGUCGAAACACAAGCUGCCGCGCUGUCAACGAGAUAAUGACUCUGGCCCGGCGUUUUUUUAACACACAUGCAUGUGUAUGUAAAGCCAUUAAUAUAUGCGGAGCACGGAGAGAACAAUGCAUUUACACUAGUGCUCAAUCUGGAUGUAAUCUUGAUGCCGAAGACGCACAGAACCACCAGGUGUGAAUGUGGUGUUGGGAAAGUUGACUGAAAACGCUCGUUAUGAUGUGAUUUUCUUCCAAUUUUUGCUUGAAAUCCACAAAAAUCAUACGUUUAAGUUCUCUUUUACAGCGUUGACAGCUGCAUAAAGGACCACACAGCUUGUUUUACGUAUUUUAGCUUUUGUACUGAGAAUCAUACUUCACAUUCCUGCUGAUCAUUUUAAUUCCUCCAUUAGGUUUCAGAUUGAUUUCCUUCCUUCCGGGCAGCCAUUUUGUUUUUGAUCAAUUCAACCUGCAGUGAGAUAAUCCAUCACAGUCCGUGUUUAGGAGGUUUGUUUUGUCAAAGUUAUUAUGUUAUUGUCAUGUGGCGAUAAAGUUGAAAACAAACUCUGUCAGACGUCUCUUUAGCGAUGCGUUCAAGGACACACGUCUGAGAGUUGACGGUUAGCUGCCAAAAAAGCAUCUAAUGCUAUGCUAACUCAAACCCAGAAGACAAUCAACAAGUAAACAGGAACAUUAUAAAAAAGUUCGAAGAAGGUAAUGUGCGUUUGGUCAUUUCAGUUCAGCAGACAACUGUCAGAUCUCAGAUGUCGAAAUGUCCCUGAAUGCACCUAAAAGGUAAAAGUUACCGUUCAGUAACGUGUUUGGCCGAAAGAUAAAGGUGUCUGAAUGUUGACUGUGAUGGAUAAUCGUCAUUUGAUUUGUGGCAACUUUACUGUUGAUUUUUCAGAAAUGUGUUUUAAACACAACAGCAGCGAAUUCACUUUGUAGAAGACGACGUUGUUUUUGUGUUAGCGAGUUGUUGCAGUCUGUAUGUCAGAGGGUUUAAAACUCAUCUGUGUGUUUGAUUUGUGAGUGCUAAAUGCAGAGUUUCAGUUUG